AUGGCUUUGGCCGUAAGUUGCCCUUUGGACUAUGGCGACUGCUUGCUCCCGGGCGGUCGGAUGGUGGCGUCCUUCGAGGGCGUAGAGUUCGUCCGCUGGCAGGACUGGCCCUCGGCCAGCGCGCAGUUGAUUCUGCAAGCUUCUCCCUACAGGUAUCCUGGUGAAGCGCAAGACGAGGAGGAUGACAGCGACAGCGAUGAGUGGGAAGAUGAGUCGGAGGAGGAGGCUUUGCCAGCACUUCCGGAUUCUUUCAAGGAGGAAGUGCCCGCGAAGAUCUUGGCAAUUCUCUCCGAGGUGGCGGAAGACUCCGUGAACUUGGAGAGCGAGCUUCUAGAUGGGAUCGACUCUCUGGGCGCGACUUUGGUGCUUCAAAACAUCCAGAUGCAGAUGGGGGUGAACAUCCCUGUCAGCGACUGGAUGGAGAUGCAGCGUGCAUCAGACCUCGUCGCGCGUGUGAUGGAGGACCUGCCGGAACAAGCUCCAACUUUGCCAUCGAAGCCCAAAAAACGCCGCAGGAGAAAGCCCCGGCCGACAGAAGAGAAGGCCCUGGUGCCCGCUGCUUCGCCCGCUCUUCCCAGCCGUGAGGAGGUGAGCCAGAAGAUCCUGUCAGUGCUGAACGAGGUCGCUGGGGAUGACGAUGAUCCCAUGCAUCUCGACAGCCCUCUAACGGAGUCGAUCGAUUCGCUGAGCACUACGCUCGUCCUCAGCAACGUGCAAGCGACCUUUGGGGUGAAUGUGGUCCUCACCGACUGGUUGGAGAUGGAGAAGCCACACGACCUCGUGAGCUUCAUUUGCCAGCUCCAGAUGGAGCAGGCCUCUGACGUGACGGCGGGCCCAGCCGCCCCGGCGCCCGCGCCCCGAAAAGUGCGGCGGCCGAAGGCGAAGAAGAGCGGCCAGGUACCCGCGUCCCCGAAGCCGGCAUCCGCGCCCUUUGUGCGUGGGGUGCAAGUGCUCCGACAGGGCGCAGGACCAAGGGUCUUCUUGGUGGAAGCGCAUCCGCCGGAAGCAGAGGAGCUGGUUGGCCCCCAGGAGGUUGCCAGAGGCCGUCAGGAUCUCGCCGCGGCCCUGGCUCCUUGCAGCGUUUGCGCGCUGCUCUUCGACGAGGAGGCCUAUAAGUGCAAGACAUCUUCCGAGCUGGUGAACCUCUAUACACGCCGGGUCAACGCACAUCGGCAAAUCUUCAGAGACCAGCUGGCCGGCGACUGA